GUUCGGCUCUUGCCUCUUCUUCGGAUGAGCCAGUUUGUUCAAACUGUCGGUGAUCUGAUAGGACAGGGCGCCGGGUUUCACCUGAAACACGGGAUAUAACUCGCUGCGAACUCGACUCGGUUGGUGCUUUCGGUGGCUGGCACUUACGUUGAAGGCAUUGUGGUUCACGUUUCUGUCGAUCCUCUUCUUCGGUUUCGCUAGUUUCUCGUACUUGGACGUUUUGUCGUGGAGAACAUCCGUGUUCAUAUCGUUAACGGUGCGAAGCUGGACAGCUGAGAGAAGAGUCGUCGGACGAACGGUAUUAAACGAUCGGCCAACGAACGAGUCGACGAGAGUUUCUACGAUAUUGCGAGAGCUUGCGGAUCGGUGAAGAGAAUUUUGAGGAUGUUGGCGGAUGGGAGAUGUUGUGUUGUGCAACGAGAGAACGAUGGUGGAUCACCAUGAAGCGAGACGCUUUGCUCGCUUCAGUUAUUUUUCGAGAGUCGCUCGUCCGCGAUCAGAGACGACGAUCCGGCCGAAGGAACGACGCGGAGAAAUUCCAAGUAUUUUUCUUUUUUCUCUUAAAGAACAGAUCGAAACACUCGAUCGAAGGGGAAUGUGAGUAACACCGUCGUUGAGCAUGCACGAAUCCGCAGAGAAUUCGACGAAUCCUAGAAACGAUCUCAAAGAUUUCAGCGCUGCGAGACAUUAUUGGUGUGCUCCUAGGAAAGCGAGCGACACGAAUCCCGUGAAAAUAAUGAACGGUCCGACGGUUGAGAGAACAGUGCGCGAAAAGCCGCGAAAGGAACGUCGCAAGAAGCCGCGACGAGCGUCGAAGAAGCUGAGACGCAUCGACGUUUUGGCGCAGCCGAAGUCGCAGAGCCAACGAAAGCGUUCUCCAAGUGCACCUCGUGCCGCGCAAAAUGUACGGAAGCCACGGUUGUCCACGACGAAGGGUGGAAAAUCGGUUAAAACGUUAAAAACCGGCGAGAAGACGAAGAAGCCUGCGACGAUCACGCUGUCGAAGAAGUUGCAACGCAGAUUAUUUUCCUUGGUAUACAAAAGGAUCAAGGAGCUCGCGAAGUCUGGGAAAAUCUAAUUCUGUGCGCGUCGUCCGAUGAAGCUACACCUGUAGUCCCGUAAAACUGCAUAUUAAAAAAAAAAAAGAAAUAGUGAAACGUACGAAUAAUAUAUAAAUUUAUUUAAAUCGAAAUAUAUACAAAAAUGUCGGUGGACGGCAUAAGAUA